GCCGGGAACAAGCUCCGAUCCCGGCCGGUUCGAAGGUGUCACCGGCUGCCCAAAAAGUUUCAACACAGGUCCGUCAACCACCGCUUGGAAAGUCAAUUGAAGCGCAACCAUGGCAGCAAGGACUCUCAAAAUUGGGCUCAUCCCCGGUGAUGGCAUCGGCAAGGAGGUCAUCCCCGCCGGCCGACGCCUUCUCGAGGCCCUGCCCGCCUCCCUCGGUCUGAAGUUCGAAUUUGUCGAUCUCAAGGCCGGCUGGGAGACGUUCGAGCAGCAGGGCGUGGCCCUCCCGGAGGAGACCGUCUCCGUGCUCAAGUCCGACUGCGACGGCGCUCUAUUCGGCGCCGUCAGCUCUCCGACCACCGCCGUCAAGGGCUACUCGUCGCCCAUCGUGGCCCUGCGCAAGAAGCUGGACCUGUACGCCAACGUGCGGCCCGUCAAGACGGUCGUGUCGGCGCCCAAGCCCAUCGACAUGGUCAUCGUGCGCGAGAACACCGAGGACCUGUACGUCAAGGAGGAGACGACGCGCGACACCCCCGAGGGCAAGGUCGCCGAGGCCAUCAAGCGCAUCUCGCAGCGCGCCAGCAGCCGCAUCGCCACCAUCGCCGGCGAGAUCGCCCUGCGCCGCCAAAAGAUCCGCGCCGCGGGCUCCCCGAGCAUCCACCAGGGCCCGCUCGUCACCAUCACCCACAAGUCCAACGUGCUGUCGCAGACGGACGGCCUGUUCCGGUCGACGGCGCGCGAGGCGCUCGCCGCGCCGGCGUUUGCCGGCCGCGUCGCCGUCGAGGAGCAGAUCGUCGACUCGAUGGUCUACAAGCUGUUCCGGCAGCCCGAGGCCUACGACGUCAUCGUCGCCCCCAACCUGUACGGCGACAUCCUGUCGGACGGCGCCGCCGCGCUCGUCGGCUCGCUCGGCCUGGUGCCCAGCGCCAACGUCGGCGAGGGCUUCGCCAUCGGCGAGCCCUGCCACGGCAGCGCCCCCGACAUCCAGGGCCAGGGCAUCGCCAACCCCAUCGCCACCCUCCGCAGCGCCGCGCUGAUGCUGGAGUUCCUGAACGAGGAGGCGGCUGCGGCCAAGAUCUAUGCCGCUGUUGAUGGCAACUUGGAGGACGGCAAGCUGCUCAGCCCGGAUCUGGGUGGUACCGCCAAGACGGAGGAGGUUGUCCAGGAUAUCCUCCGCCGAUUGUAAGCUGUAUGUCGUAACUAGGUACAGGGGAAAAAAGGCGAAAGGGCAUCGGGUGGUUGGGUGUUGGGUGUUGUGCUUAUACCCCACGGUUUGUGUAGAUAAGGUCCGCGGACCGCGGGAGGGAUAAAUAAAACACGCCUGCAAGGUUUGAACAAAAGUUCAGUCAGGAUCAUUCAAUGUGACAGAUGCAGUACGGCAACC